CUAAUAGUACUAACGUCGCCAGAAUCGGACCUCAGCGAAGCCGAGAGAGAGCAAGCACUCCAAGCCGAACACGAGCGCAUGCUUGCUUUGCAACAGAAGACAAACCAAAAGUUACGAGACCUCGAGCUCGCUAAUGAAGAAAAAGCAAGUCUCCUACGAGCAGCUCUGCUUGACCGAGAUCGUCUAUCGCCGGAAUUACUCGAGCUCAGAAGGGCCGAGACAAUACGGCAGAUGCGCGAACAGAUUGAUGCGGUCAUCAAAGCACCCCCAGAAGCGCAACCAAAGGUGCUCGAUAGUACUAGUUCCGAGAUCGCAGAAAUGGUACUAUCUGCAGAAGCAGCACUAGACAAGGCAAAGAAAGUAAGCAUCAGACAAAUUUCUCAUGACAAGCCUCCUUCUUCGGCGUUCGAUGCUGCAGUCUCAUCCAUGAGGACGAGACAUGAGCUCGAUCCGUCACUUUCUACAUCGACUCUCAUAUCAUCGCCAGCGAAGGGUCGCACGGGGAAGAAGAAGUCGCUAUCUGAGAUAUCUUUUUCAACUGCGGGUACGGGACAAACUACAUUGGGCCGAGUGGCGCAGCUAUUGUCACCGAAGAGAACACGACAGUCGAUGAAACGCAGUACUGAUAAUUCUUCUUUACUGGCUUCGAAUGAGUGUUCGGUAAUGUUUGUCCCUAGCCUGCUGGCCUGGAGUAUAGUUAUCUUUGCGAUUUAUCUUCCCUACCCCCCUAUCCUGCACACGGCCUUUUGAUUUCCAGGUCUUCGAAUGGCCGGACUUUGCUGACAGUAUCAACAGGAUCUUCAAGAACAUAUCACUGCCAAUAGCGCCCUGCGCGAGCAGC